GGGAAUAGUGAGACGACUGUAUUGACGGGUACUUCUGUGAAUAAAUUUCAACUUACUCUUAUGUCUACAUAAACCACGAGUAGGAUUUGUGGCGCAAAUCCAGAAGUUAGUAGCCUAGCCCUGGACUUCCAACGCAAUCCUCUCCCGCGAGCUCUUGCACAGUAAGCAUGCCACCAUCGCAUAACCGACGUAACCGGACAUGGUUGUAAUCUCUACGUUUACAAAAAUGUAGCAGAAACUGAAGCAGAAGUCUUGGAGAAUGACAUUUGAGUUUUUCUUAUCAUGUCAGUAUUUUAUGGUCCUCCUCAACAAGGCAGUAAUGGUUUGUUUACUCACAUCAGAAAGCCCCCUGCUCUUCCCCACAAUCAGCGCCCAAGCGAACUCGCCAAGCCUGGGGGAAGGGCGAUCCGAUGUCGCCUGCACUGAAAAUUCCCUGAUUCCCUGCUGGCCCGUGUCAAAGCCCGACGCCUGCAAACGCCUUGAACCUCCACACCGCAGCCUUGUGCUUGUGCUCCUCUGUUGAGUUGAGCUACACCGGUGCAUCUCCAACCCUCCACUUUCUAUGCAGACGGUCGGCACACUCCCACUCUGAACCAUGAGAAAAUGUCUCACGACACAUCUGCCGUCCUCGUGGGCGAAGCAGAAUCAACAUCCCCAGUCGUAGCAGAUCAUAACUCCGCGGGGGCACACGACCUACAUGGAGAGGGGGAUGCAGAUGCUGGGCAGCGGGAAGCUAUUCCAGCUACGACUAGUAUAAGUAUGGAUCAGGAUCCAGAGCCAGCACAAGUGCGACCAUCAUGCCCAACCCCCUCCUCAGCUCCCGGCAUCUCUCCUUCAGUUCAACAACAUUCUCAUGGUGUUACUGGGAGAUCUGGGAAUGCUGGGCAGACUGGUGUAACCAUAUCUCCACCCGAAACACCUUCCUUGUUCUUCAGUGCUGUGUCGAGCCUGGCCGCCGAUGCAGAAAACCCAAAGAGUCACAACAUAGUUGCGCCACCAACAGAGAUCACCCCACAAGGCCCUCGUGACGUUCUCGAUUCUGUAGCCUCGCCCUUAAAUCAGACGACAACUGCCAAUGUCGCGCUAGCCUCGCAAUCUACAAUUGAGCAGCCGAUAUCGACCGAUCCUAAAUCUGCAGAGUCACUCCCACACGUACAUAAAUCGACAGACGGGGCUGCAGAUGUAAAGGGCGAGCAAAAGCAAGACAAGAUGAUAUUCGCACAUACCACUUCGAAUAGCAUGCAGCGGCGACGGAAUUAUGCUACUACAAAUGCUGUCACAGAUUAUGAAGCAGAUCUCACAAGUAGAGACCGCGCGAAGCAAAAAGAAGCUGUAAAGAAGUACCUGUCGGAGAAAGUCAAGAAUGAUUGGAAUUGGGAAUGGCCACAACCUGGAAGUGAGGCAAAACUCGAGCCUACAAAGACGAUCGAGGAGGAUACAGAUUUGGCGUGGAAGGAGAGAGACGAGUGGUUGAGCAACGCCAGUGACGACGGAGAUGAUAUGAAAAUGCCGCGACCAGCAAAUACCACCUCGAGUCACGACACACCUACUCCUACAAGCAAGAAUGGUGUGCAAUUGGAUAGUACAGAGGGUGUCGGGGACACAAUCACGAACGCAUUAUUCGAUCGGAAACGCAGGCGGAAGAAGCGAUUGGCAGAAGAGAUGGCGUGGAACGAGGGGUUGAGAUGUUUUACUGCACGCCGAGAUGCCUGGACUUGCGCUCGGAAGAUUCCUCGGCGUGGAAACGGUGUUGUGAAGACGACUACACGAGCUUCCUUGUCUAGUGGAGAUGGCGGUAGUUCUCCAGCCAUUGAGCAAGACGACGACGAUCAGUGGGAAGACGAUACAGAGAUCCCCAUUGCUCCUCCCAUCUUACCCCCAGAAAACGCCAUGCGAGCUUCCAUAUUACCAGGCGCAUAUAAUACCAUUUAUGACAAGGUGGUGGUUCAAUCACUAACCCCCAGCUGUCCCAUGAACCUUAAAGACGUAACCCGCAGCUGUGUCCAGGGCUGGAAACGAGACGGAGAAUGGCCGCCGAAAUCCGCACCCGACACCCUCAAGAAGAAAGGUCGGAAGAUGAGCGUAGCCAGUCUCCUGGGCUUCAAGGAAUCUGAUAGAUCUGCUCAGAACGUGAAUGAUAACGGCAAUGGAAUUGCGAAUGGAAAUGGCGUAGCGAGAGACAGCGGGGCCGCUCAUGAGAGGGAUAGGAAGGGUAGUGGUAUUAGAAGGAGUCUUCAGAAGAUCUUGAAGUUGGGUCACGGUGGUGAAUGAUCUUCCUGGUUCUUACUAAUGUGUUUGGUAGUUGGUGGGAGCCAGCCCUUACAUAUGAGAAAGAACCGGCGAAGAGAAAUUGACAUCCACGCGUUGAGGGGCGAGGGACGAUUGAGUGGGGAUUAAUGGUAAAGGACGAGUGAUGACAGAUUGAGUGGACGUGGACUGUGCAUAUGAAUGAGAACACAUUGGGUGGGGAAAUCAUUGUGGUCAGGACCAUGACAUGACAGGCUUGUACAGACCUUGAUAUUAGGCUGGGCUGGUAGGCGGGAGUUGAGAAUGACACUUUCGAUAUGAUCGAUUCAUGCAUACUUUGUAUAGCGAGCAAGAGCAGGGCGUUCUAUCUUUUCUGGCAUUCAUAGGUACGGAUGGACCUGGUGUGGACGGUGUUUUGGGCUGACUAGGGGCGGCUGGGGUAUAGUUCAGGUUGGUUUGUGGAAGGGAAUUGAGCUUGAGCAUCGUGGUAUGAAUUGGUAUGGUGUGGUAGCAGUGUAUACCUGCCUACCUACUUUAAUGCAUUAUUCUUCAAACUUUAUCUUCCUACUAAGCACUCUUUAUCAAUUGUUUCUAACCUCUUCAAGUCCUCCAGAACCUGUGUCCACUUGUGAUGAGGAGUCGCAUGCGAGUGACCACGAGAGGUGGACUAUCACAUGAUUCUCCUGGAUUCCUAUUGGCUCUCAACUCAGCGAAGCGAGGUUUUGUUGCAGGUCGCAAGUUGUGUCGACUUCUCGUUGCUGGAUGGUUGUAGUUUGGAGACGGUUGAUGGACGGUUCAGAGAUGUGGGACGGUUGAUAGUUGACAAGUUGAGUGACGGUUGCUUUUGCGUGAUGGUUACGAAGCGACUUGGUAUAUAUAAU